AUGGACCAAGAUAAGGCGAACGUCUACAUCUUGGCAAGCACAUCUGAUGUGCUGGCCAAGAAGCAUGAAAGUAUGGUUACCGCAAGGGAAAUCAUGGACUCAUUGCAAGACAUGUUUGGACAACCAUCCAUUCAAGCCCGGCACAAUACCCUCGAGUUCAUUUACAAUUCCUGCAUGAAAGAGAGAACAUCAGUGCGAGAACAUGUUCUCAAUCUAAUGGUCCACUUUAUUGUGGCUGAAGUGAACGGGGCUGUAAUAGAUGAGGGGAGCCAGAUGAGUAUAAGAACUUUGACUAGAAAUGGUUAUAGAGCCAAAGAACCCUUGGAGCUUGUACAUUCAGAACUUUGUGGUUCGAUGAAUGUUACAGCCAGCGGAAGGUAUGAGUAUUUCAUCUCUUUCAUAGAUGAUUAUUUAAGAUAUGAAUAUCUUUACGUAAUGCAACAUCAGUCUGAAACCCUUAAAAAGUUUAAGGAGUACAAGGCUGAAGUUGAUAACCAAUUAGGUAAGACAAUAAAGACACUUCAAUCUGAUCAGGGUGGAAAGUAUAUGAACUUAAAAUUCCAGGACUAUAUGAUAGAGCGUGAAAUUACGUCCCAACUCUGA